AUGAAUUCUACAAUUGACCUAAGUACUUAUGAGUGUUCCGAUGAAGGAUUGCUUCUUCCGGUGAUCAACGAGUACACAUGGAGCAUUGGUGCACGUGCAUUUCUGUACCUUCUCGGUAUGUUAUGGUGCUUUCUGGGAAUAGCAAUAGUAGCAGAUACCUUUAUGUGUGGAAUAGAAAAAAUCACCAGCAAGACACGGGUUAUUCAGAUCCCCGACCCGGACAGUAAGGGUGGGGUCCGAGAGGUGGAAGUCAAAGUUUGGAAUGACACUGUUGCUAAUCUCAGUCUUAUGGCAUUUGGAACUAGUGCUCCAGAGAUUUUGUUGUCAGUAAUAGAAAUUUGUGGCAAAGGCUUCAAAUCGGGAGAGCUUGGACCGGGAACAAUUGUAGGAUCUGCUGCAUUUAAUCUGUUCGCCAUAACUGCGGUGUGUUUAGUAGGUAUUCCAAACGGACAAGUCCGUAGAAUCAGCAAUAUAGGUGUUUAUGCAGUAACCACAUGCUUCAGUAUGUUCGCGUAUAUUUGGAUGAUUGUGGUCCUGAUUUUCAUCAGUCCUGGGGAAAUUAAGUUAUGGGAGGCUAUCCUUACCUUCCUUAUGUUCCCAACGCUUAUCCUUGUGUCCUUCGCCGUCGACAAAGGCUGCUGGUGCAGGAAGAAUAAGACUUCAUCUGAGGUGGAGAUUGGAAUAGGCUAUAAGGACAACCGAGAUUUUUCUAAUAGCGAUGACAAGAGUCGAGGCGAAGCUGAAGGCGGAACCGGAACUGCAGACAUUAUACACAUGGCGCGAGAGUUAGGGCGGAACAAGGACCUCAGCGAGGAAGAUGCAGCAAGGCUUGCCGCUGCCAAACUGGCAGAAAACCAGCAUCACAGCUCCUUAUGGUACAGAAUACACGCCACUCGGAAUAUAACUGGCGGCCAUAAAUUGGUGCCACAGAUCAACAAGGCGCUACAGGAACUCUACGAGCAGUCACAGGACAAAAUAGCCCGUCAAACAACCGAAUUGGGAUCACGUCAAAGUCUGUCCAUGAUAGAUCUGACGGAAGGCGGAAGCAAGGCCGUCAUCGAGUUUACAGCGCCCUCGUGUGCAGUUCUGGAAAAUGAAGGAAAUGUUCGCAUUGGAAUACGAAGAUACGGCUGUUGUAAAAAUCCCAUCGAUGUAUGGGUAGAAACUAUUGACGGAACGGCUGAAGCGGGAAGUGACUACAAACCACUGAAAGAAAAGGUUCAUUUUAAGGAAAACGAGACUUUACAGACUGUGCACGUAGUAAUCGUUGACGAUGACGUUUGGGAACCUGAUGAGAUAUUUUUCGUCAAACUUUGGCUUGAGGAGUCAGAACAGGACGUCGUACUUGGCAAGACGGCAAUCAAUCAAGUCACCAUCAUUAACGAUGACGAACCAGGCAAAUUUGAAUUUUCAAAGCCUAGCUACAUCGUAAACGAGACUUCUGGAAAAGCACAGUUGUUUGUGAAUCGUGUCAAUGGAGCUGACGGGUCUGUGACAGUGUCAUGGAGGACGAGGGAUCUGACGGCCGUUAAUGCAAAGGAUUAUAUCGGAGGAGAUGGUACACUGACGUUUGAGCACGGCGAGACUAGCAAAGUCCUGGUGCUGACAAUUCUGGAUUCGGGGCUUGCCGAGAGAGAACAUAGCUUUCAGGUGGAAUUAUUAUCACCGACAGGUGGCGCUGAGAUAGGAAGGAUAGGAAAGGCAAUAGUAACUCUUGUAAACGAUGAAGAGUUUGAGGGUCUAGUGUCUAGGAUAGCAAACCAAACCAUGAAGAACCUGGAUGGUCUGAGGCUGGACUCGUCAUCAUGGGGAGAACAAUUCCACGACGCAAUGAAUGUCAAUGGUGGAGACACAGAGAAUGCCACCGUUGUAGACUACAUCAUGCAUUUCUGUACAUUCUUCUGGAAGGUGAUGUUUGCCACCCUGAUUCCACCCACGUCAAUCGGAGGUGGCUGGCUUACCUUCAGCUGCUCGCUGAUGGUGAUCGGCUUCCUUACUGCUAUCGUUGGUGAUCUGGCUUCCAUAUUUGGGUGUCUGAUAGGAUUGAAGAAAACGGUCACUGCGAUUACGCUAGUGGCUCUUGGCACUAGUAUGCCGGAUCUUUUCGCUAGCAAGCAAGCUGCUGUAGGGGAGAAAACUGCCGAUAGCUCUGUUGGCAACAUCAAUGGAAGCAACGCCGUAAACGUAUUCCUUGGUCUAGGACUACCAUGGCUUAUAGCAACCAUCUACUGGACAGUUAAGGGUGAAAGGUUUCUCGUGUCAUCUGAUGCUCUGGGAUUUACAGUUGUUCUCUACACUGCAUGCGCUAUUGUCACCCUAGUUGUACUGAUGAUCAGGAGGAACUUGGCCGUUUUCGGUCGAGCAGAGCUGGGAGGACCAUUUGUACCCAAAGUCUUAACGGCUUUGCUCAUCUUAUUUCUUUGGUUUUUCUACGUAAUCUUAUCGUCGUUGAGUGCGUAUGAAAUCAUCGGUGUGUCCUUUUAA